GGCAGUACUACGCUCCACAGCGUCUACUCCGACAGAAUCUACAUGAAGAAGAAGAAAAGGAACACCGGAACUGAACUGAACUGUGAUCUGGAAGGUCUUUCAUUUUAGCUGAAGAACGAAAAUUGUUUGCUUGUUUUUCCCACGAUGUAUGUCUGAGGACCAAAACCAUUAACGAACGGUCACAUCUGGCCUGAAAUAAGCCGUGCUGCACACCGAGAUACCGGAAACAUAGCGUAAUACGUUAAGCAUUUAUCGGGUAUUCGAUCAACACAACCAAACGGAGCCGUUUUCUGCCCCUGAAAGACGCUCUGCUGUGCUAUCAGGCACUGGGAAGCUAACAUUGCGUUAGCUGUCUACCGAACUGAUACUGGCGGACUCGUCAAGAAUAUCCCAGAAGACAGGAGCUAAUCUCAUCGGUUGGAGCAGACGAAGACAGCAGGAGUUGCGGGGAUUCAAGCAUUCCUUAUCAUCUGGCCCUGCGAUGACAUCACAGCAGCCACAACUUCCCAAUGCUGUUAUUCCUCCCCCGCUUGCCCAGAACUCCUCUGCUCAGCAGGCCCGACCUCACAUUCAGGCCAAUCAGCUGGACUCGAGUCAGAGUAGUGCAGCGCCUGGGCCUCUCGAUCAUAGAGCGCUGACGGGUAGGCCAGGCUGCUCAGGUGUGGCAGCAGCAAGCGGGGAAGUGGCCAACAGGAACGUUCCUGCCUCCUGCACCAACUCCAGCUUGUCUAAAAGAGAUGGGGGCUUCGAGCCAUGGCCUGAGGAAGCAGUGGACAAUUCCCAUGGGCUUUACUCACUUCAUCGCAUGUUUGACAUCGUUGGAGCCCAGCUAACCCAUCGAGAUGUCAGGGUACUGUCAUUCCUGUUUGUUGACGUGAUUGACGAAUAUGAGCGUGGUGGCAUCAGGAGUGGACGGGAUUUCCUGCUAGCCCUAGAGCGCCAAGGUCGCUGUGAUGAGACCAACUUCCGACAUGUUCUUCAGCUUCUAAGGAUUAUCACCCGCCACGACCUAUUGCCUUAUGUCACACUCAGGAAACGGCAGGCUGUUUGCCCAGAUCCCGUUGACAAGUACCUGGAAGAAACAUCAGUGCGCUACAUUUCUCCAAGAGGAGCAGUGCAGAGCAAGGAUACUGUGCCUCAUAGAAGAACAGGUCAUCAGCCAAUCAUUUGCUGUUCCCCAUCAGGACCCCAUGUUGGACCUCCUCGAGCAAAGCCAGCUCCUCUUGUACAAAACCGCAAACGGAGAAGUCAUUCCUCAGCUGACUGCAGAGAGAAGCAAACAUGUGAUAUCCGCCUCCGGGUUCGUGCUGAAUACUGUCAACAUGAGUCUGCACUUCAGGGCAACGUGUUCUCCAAUAAGCAAGAGGCAGUGGAGAGACAGUUUGAACGCUUCAACCAGGCAAACACUAUCCUCAAAUCCAGAGACUUGGGCUCCAUCAUCUGUGACAUCAAGUUCUCUGAGCUCACCUACUUGGAUGCCUUCUGGAGGGACUACAUCAAUGGAUCAUUGCUGGAAGCCCUUAAAGGGGUCUUUAUCACAGAUUCCUUAAAACAGGCUGUGGGCCAUGAAGCUAUAAAACUGUUGGUCAAUGUUGACGAGGAGGACUAUCAGGCUGGUCGACGUAAACUGCUCCGUAAUUUGGUCACAAGUGGAGGGAGCCCACCAGGAGCUACCAAAGACUCUGUAUCUUAGACAGAACUGCUGUGCCUCCCCCACAGGAUAUAGGAUUAGAUGUGGUUAUAUCGUUUAAAGUGCUGGAGUGUGUGCCUGAAAGGAACUGAAUCACUUCUAGACACCGCAUUGAUUCCUUGAAAGCUAAAGUCAUAGGAUAUUGACUUGGCACCCUGAAGCGUAGCAUGCGAGGGUAUCUAAUUUUCUUCACGGAGGAGAAUGCUGAUUAAUGCGUGCAUAUAAUUUAACUAAUUUCUUAUUUCUGGUAUAUUUGCUCAUUGUAACACUUUUGUUAGUUCUAAUGAUAGAUGAUCUUCACACCCUGUUCAAAGUCCAGUUUUUUUCAAUACAGGAAAAAUGCUGAAAAGUUACUCCCAGUGGGAGUUGUACCUUAUUGUCAAACUGGUUAAUUUUUUUCCCCAGGUUUUCAGGUACAUUACAGAUUGAUUGGAUUAACCCAAUGAUGAGAGUGGUUUGUAUGUCAUAGAAAAGCACAGACCGUAGGACUUAAGGCUUUUACACACCAGGGUUAACAACACAAAAAUUCAGAAUACUUGCCUGGGAAUAUUGUAGAUCUGCUCUGCGCUGCCUUUGUCAAGGUUGAAAGGAGUAAUAAAGUUUGCCAUCUUGGUUCAGAAUAAGGAGCCUCCAUGUUGUUGUUUCCUGAAUUGUUUCGACAAUUUAAUUGGUUGAUGCCUUUAUUUGCAGCGCCGAAGCUCAGAAAAAUCAACCUUAUUUUCCCCAAAAAGUAUACUGCUUUCUUGCUGCAUAAUAUUUGCUGUGUGAAAGUUUUCAUGACAAAAACAACAGUUGGGAAAAUGUCACUGGUGUGCAAUUAAUUGCACAAAAAAAGCCCAAUGUGUGUAAAGGCCUUUAGGUUACAAUUUGUUUUUCUAUUUCUUUCAGCCUAUCAUACUUUCUCAAGACUUCCAUAGUUCCCUUGUCUUUUGCAAUAUGGCCUAUUACCAGCAGCUGUGAUUCUGGCCAAAUAGGAAAUUUCAAUGUCAAAUCACUGCCAAUAGUUAAACCUUUGUGGAUUGUUUCAAUGUGUUGAAUCCUAUCCAGUGAAACAUUGCGUCAUUCACUGGUGUUUUAGAUUUGUUUGGAUUAGCAAAACAGUGCCAGUUUUAUUUUCAGCUUGUACUUCACUCUCCGUCUCACUCAUGUCCUCUCCCGUAUAACACUUAAAACAUUUUUUAUUUGAAAUAACACUCCAUUACAACUCAACAGCUGGUGAAAAUUGUUGCUAGUGUGUGUGGAGUCAUCUCAUAUGAGAUUAAAUCCUCAGCAGUCUUUUCUGUGAAUAUGUCAUGUCUCCUGGUAGAUCAGGAUGUAGGUCAGUCCACGUGCUCAAAAGGCGGCAUGAGCAGGAGUUGCACUCACUUCCUCAUCCAGUCGCUUGGGGGGGCUGUUGGACAUGUGGGAGAAACAACCAGGUAUCUCCCUGGAAAGGAUAGGGGCUGUUACGUCCUUCUCCGUCAAUAGGUUUGGCGUCUCCAAAGGCAUUCCCUGCUGUGGGACUAAUAAAGGAUUAUUGCAUUUUAUUCACAGACCAAAGUGGCGAUUAUUUUAUUAAGGUUUUCAAAACAGAUUAAGCUAGCGCUGUCUGCACCAACAUAGUUGGGUAUAUAGCAUGGUAGUCAUAUACAAUUCAGUGUGCAUAUCUAGAACAAUGAUAUGCUUCUAGUGGCAGAAUAUUACUUUUACAGAGUAGUCUGAAAUGUACUGAGGUGGAUUAACAUGAGAUAUUAGAUUUGGUGGGGUCCUGUGACAAACCACUGUUAACAGUAUUACUGAUAACAAAUGUAUGCAGUCAUAAAAAACAUUCAGUGACCACUUUAUUGGGCACACCUUUCUAGUUCUGGGAAGCCACCCAGAGGAGCCUGAAAUCUUCAUGACAUGGAUUGGAGAUGAGAGAUUGUGCUUCAUGUUGACAGUGUAGCCUAAUGGGAUUGUUGUCCUUCAGGCUGCAGGAUUUCAACAAGGCUGUUAAUAUGUUAACUCAACUAAUCUGAAAUUAUGUUUGGCUGUAAUAAAUUCAGGAGAGCAGUAGUUUAUACGGACUAUUACACAUUCAUCCCAUACAGUGUGUUAUUUUUUUAGUAACUUCACCCUUUUAUUGUAUUAGCGUUAAAGUGUGAGCAAGCUGCAGAAAUUGUGCACAACAUCAAAAAGGUCCUAACAUACACAGCCAAGAGUCUGCAGUUACGAGCCAUUGAGCUUCCUGUGGCCAACAGGCGACAGUAGUUUUUGUGUGUUAUAUCUCCAUGUCAGCCCUCAUCGCAAGAUAAUUAAUAAUGUAUUAUUACAUGUGGCAGAAUAACGUUAGUUAAUAGGCACAUGUCAAUUGAAUAGGGAAUGGGAUAGAAUUUCCUAUGUCUUAGACAGUCACACACCUGCCAUCCAUCACCCUGCUGUAGCCCUAACUUUUGAAUAGCUGCAUAAAGGAAACACUACUUCUGGCACUGAGCAUUAAAAUUCAUUGUAAAUCAGGUGAUGUGUUGACACAACUCCUAGGUAAACUGGAAUGUGUAUACACCAAUGUCAAGAGGGUGCCAUAGUUGUAAGUUUCCAAAUUCUCCAAAUUGUGGCUUUAAAAACAAUUGAAAAAACACAUUGAAAAGCCAUUACUGGUGUACCAGGAGUGGUUAUGACUCAAUGCAAACUCAAAAGUACCUUUGUUUGGAAAUGUUUCGAAGUUUAGUACUUGAAAGACGAAACAAUGCUGUUUUUUGAUGAGAUUAUUUUUCAUUUUGUAACAAAAGUAGAUGGAAGACUGAAUGUCACUUUAGUAAUUGUCAUUUGAAAUGUCAGUUUCUAAUGCUAAUAUUUGACACUUUUCUUUUCUGUUCAGUGCAAAUAGCCAAAUGUUUGACAUAAAAAGAUCAGUGUACCCUUUUAAAAGCUUUGUGAAUAUUUUUAACAAAUAUAUUCUUCCUUCUAAAAACACCCUAUUUUAUCUCUAUCGCACCUUCCAUGGGUUCAUAUCAAAACACAUAAGUCAUGAUUGACAGGCCACUCUUACUGUGAAUUAUAAGUGAAGUAGGCCUACAUUUUUAUAUUUUUACUCCAGUGGAAUUUCAUGUAAAGGUUGCGAGUUAGUAUCUAUUAUAUAGGUUGGUGUCUGUUAUGUUGAUUGUAUGUUAUGUUAGUCAAAUGCAUUUGUCUCUUACGCAAAAUUGCAUGUACCUGUAACCAGUUAUCUCCAGAAAUGUCAUAGAAACUCACUGCAAACAAUUUGUAAAUAACUUUAUUGGCUGUCAGGUUUUCUUAAAACCAAUUUUGAUUCUUUAAGAAAAACGACAAGUAGGACUGUUAAUAAAUUAAAUGGAUGGGUUUUGUGAAGUCCCAGUCCUAAUUUUUUUUUCAUGUAACAUGACUCAAGUGAAAACAAAUCUUUUGGCACAAAAUACUGUACAGUUUCCAAAUAAGUAAAUAUAGAAGACAUAUCUAAACAAACGGCUUCCUCAUUGAUCAAAUGCUUUUCUUGGGCUGCACCAACAUUUUCGGGAUUUGGCCCAAACCAUGUACCACUUUGACACACAACGGCUGUGGAAUGUUUGAAUACAUGUUCAAACUGUGUAUGAUUAUUAACAUUAGACAGAUCCUGGGUUGAUCUCUCACAUGUAGACAUGUGUCCUCAUUCCCUUCAGUCACCUCUUGCUCCUCAGCUCGUCCCACUAACGUGAGAAAGACAUACAAGGAAGGAGAAAUCCAGGCAACUAAUUUUGUCAAACAAAUUAGGCAAACCAAUUUUAUUCGGGCCAUGAAUGUUCUUGCAGAGAUUUAAAUGUACG